AUGAAAGCAUCAGGCAUUUUUUCCAAAUCAUUAGAGAAGAUUUUAACCAGUCUAUGCAAACCAUUUGGGAAAUAUGCUGAUCUUUUACGGUCAAAUUCAAAGCAAAUUCCUGCAUCUUCGGCGUCAAAUUUAAUUCCAUACGGUACUUCAGAAUAUUUAACAGCUGUUAAUGAAUACGUUCUUCUAGGAAAAGGCUCUCCAGAUGAUGCUAUUGAUGCUGUUUUAGAACUCUUUCCAUUUUCGAAUAAAUGUCCAUUAUACGCAAUUCUUGAAGCUCCAAUCUCAUCCAAUCCAAAAGAUCCUAUUUAUGUGAAAGAAUUUACACAGUUAAUGGCGGCUGCUUACGUUGCAGACACUGUUGCUCAAUUACUCACAUUUACAAAGAGUUAUAAAGGUGCUGCACUUCUUUCUAAUAUACUAACAUUCACUACAUACUCCAUUCAGUCACCAAAACCAUUCGAAGAGCUCUUGCACGGCUUUUUAAUCAAAAUAAUCAAACAAUAUUCCGUAAUUCUUGGAAUCCUUUCAAUUGAAUCAUACCAACAGUGUAUUAGUGCGUUUCAGACAGCAAUGAAGGUGAAGAAGAACGAUACUGUCGUUAUUUUUACACUUUUCCAAUAUCUUCGUCCAGGAAAGAAGAUAAACGAUCUGAUUGGUUAUUACGUCAGUUUAGACUCACACUACAAAUUUCGCGAGUUCUGGAAGGCCCUGCGCCACGUUGUCCAUCAAAUCGAAAAUGAUUGUCCAUUAACAAAUACAAAUCAAAAAGCGCUAGCAGAAAUGGUAAAAUCCGCCAUGAAAAAGACUAAUAAGCCAUACGCUACAGAAAUAUCCAUUCUUCUCGACAUAAAAACGAAAGGAUCAGCAGAUAAAGUCGAAAAUCUCAUCAGCAGCGUCAAAGAGAUCUUCGAUGACCCCAAACUCGGCUGGAGAACAAAACUCUACUGUCUUCUUUACUCUCUACAAGACGGACAUAUCCAUGAAGCAACAACUUUUUGGCAAUUUGGAGAAAACAACGGUUUUUACUCGCUAGAAUCGGAAACAGCGAGAAUCUGGCAACCUACAGCUGAUCCUAAGAAACUUUCCAAGUUCUUUGAGAAGUAUAUUCCUGAAUUUAUCAAUGUUGAACAAGUAUAUCCGAUUAUUACCCAGAUUUUGCUCAAUUUAUGCGCAAGAUCACUUCAUACCAUUUGCGAUAUCAUCCCUACAUACAUUAAUUCUAUCGGAAAGGACUCACAUGUCAUUCCUGCCCUUUUGCCAGUUUUAUCAACUUUUAAUCAGAUGCUCAACCAGAACGAGAACUUCCAGGAAGCCAUCAAAUCGGCCGAGGACUCGAAACAGAGGCUCAGAGAGACAUUAUCUGUCAUUAAAAAUCCAUUAUUAAAUUUAUUAUCCCAAAGUAUACCGGAUCAAUCGAAUACGGCCUAUCCUCUCCGAUCAUUGUCAAUCUAUGAGUGCCCACCGACACUUAUUCCUGAUUUCCAUCCAAAAUCAGCCACUGAUACAGAUAAAAUGAUUUAUUUGCUCGGAAAAAGCGAAGAAAAGAUUCAGAAGUUCUACAAACAAAUAUUUCCACUCAGCAAACCACGCGAAAAGCUGAAAAUACAGUCAAAUAUCGGACAUUCUUCAAGUGAUCAGGAAAAAGUCAUCAUCCACUUGAUUUGUCUGCUCACACAGAUCGCCACUCCAUCGGACUUGACAUCAAAUCCAAUGUCCCUGCUCGAUCAUUUGAUUAAAUGCAGUAUUGGCUCCAGUGCGAUUAUUUCUUAUUUCGCAACUUACGCGAUCCAGUUUUUGUUUAUCACAAAUGCAGCAUCUCGUAACGGAGCCCAUGAAAUACUCAUCAAAUACCUCAAAACAAUGGUCUACAAACCAUGUUCUUUCACAUUAUUGGCUUUGUUGCACCAAUUUUUGAGUUUACCGUUCACUCCUUCAUUCCAGAAUAAACAGUGGACACAGUGGUGGCUGAAUAACAUCCAAGCGAUGCUUUUAAUGCAAUUGACAACUCCAUAUAUCGAAAACCGCCAUUUAGUUUACCUGAUUUGGACCAGAUUCCAAGAAAUUUGCGAGCAGAACAACAACGACAUCACUAUCUACAGUGAAAUUCUUACUUACCAAGAUACAAUUGCCAGCAGAUUACAGACAAUACUUGGCCGUAAGGACUUCCCUGUUGUACAGUUCGAAGAUAUGUGCACGUGCUGUUGCGCACAGCUUGCGGCUCUUUACUUUUCUGAAGUUAUGAUUAUUGCCGCUCAAGAAAAGUACAAAAGCAUCAUUGAAGUUAUCAUAGAAGCUAAUCCUCUAUCAGAGCUUCAAAUGGUAAAUGACGAUAAUAAGGUUCACCGCUUUAAUUAUUCGAUUUUACUUUCAAUCUUCUUCAGACUACAGUUACUGACCUCAGAACGUAUCAAUGUCCUCCAUGAUUCCUAUCUAUACCUCAAGCGUGGCACAUACAUCACUGAAUACCGUGGUUUAGUCCCACUUUCCGCAGAAUCCGUCUCUACGCCAUGGAAAUCUGACUUCUUACGUAAGAAUACACAGGAACUGAUCACUUUACGUUCUACCGGAAAGAGCGAAUGGUCGCAGGCUUUCCUUCAAUCCUUCAUUUCGAACGCAUCUCCUGCAGCUGUUGCACAAAUGAUGCAGCUGAUGGUCGCAUUCAUGCAGAUGCCUGUCAUGCAGCCUGAUAAGAAGACAACUUCAUAUGCUGUUCCAUUGACAAUUUUCGAUUGUUUAUUAAGUAUCGCGCAUUCACCUGAUUUCCAGACAAUUCUGUUGGCAGGACGAUCAGCGUUCCAAGCAUCAAACUCCGCUUUGUCUUUGAUGACGACAAUCGUUACAAAAGACCAAAUCCCACAAAUUUCAACAAAUCCAGAGAUCAAAGAGCUUGUUUCUAGAUUCCUCAAGCUUGCUGCAGCACUUUGCAGAGCAAUGAGACCAGAGAAAACAACAGUUCAUGCAAUUUCAUUACGAAUUCCGAAAUUAUUGAACCUUUCUCACGAAUGGUCUUAUAAUGAGAGAAUAAUUGUAUACGAUUACAUCGAAUCUAUCAAGACACGCGUCUCAGACACAACAUUACAGGAAACUUGCAGAGAAACAAUGUCAUUAUUGGCUGGAACACCAAAUCUGUUCAUAAGUGAAGAGAAAUUCACAGAGAACAACAGAGAAUGGAUCUUCGUAAACUCUCCUGAUGAGGAUCUCGUGAUGGCUCUUCGCUUAAAUCCUGCAAUUUACGAUAGAUUUGUUCGUGGAGCUCUGUCAAGCGGAUCGAAGACGAAUCGAUACGCAACAGCGUUAUUCGCGUUGUAUGUAGAUGAAAUUGAUAAGGAUCCUUACGCUCCUUCGCCAAAUAAUGAUAUCAAUAUUGAAAUCGACCAAGAACAAAACACUAGAGCCUACAAUGAUCAAGGAAGAUUGACAGUAUUAGCAUUACUCAAGCUUACAUCGUUUGAUUACAAAGAAAGAUUAUUAAGUUACAGAGUUUUGCAAAGAUUGCUUCCAAUUUAUUCGGCAAUGGCACAGCCUGAUAACAUGGAAAGCAUCGCACUCUUGAAUACCCACCUCUUAGAGAAUACUGCUGUAUAUGUUUCCAGGAGUGGCAUUCUCAAACCCGACGGUUUAUCACAAAUUUGUGAAAAAAUCUUCUCAAAAUUACCAUUCUUAGUAAAUCCAGUUUCUGAUGUGUUAUUAGAGCAGAUUGAGCAUACAAAGGAAUCAUAUGACAUGAUUUCUCUCCUUACUAUUUUCGAUCAAAUUGCAAAACACAUCAAAUUACAAGAAUGCGGCUUAAACUUCUUGAAGAGGAUCUUGAACAUCCACAAACAACUUGAUUCAUCACUAGUUCCAAUGUACUGUGAUAUCUUUGUCUCAUUCGGCAUGUUAAUUCCUGAAAAUCGAACUUAUUUAGCUGACACAUUGUUCUCUUUCACAAACAAGACAAGAAACAAUGCUGCUUGUGAGAUAUUAGUCCAUCUAAACCUAUCACAACCCGUUGAUUACAUCUACAGAACGAUUCAACCACUGAAUUUCCAGUCCUGGUUCUUCAAUACUAUCAUAUACUCAGCAGAUGAGUCCAGUGAUGACAAGGAUAACGAGAACUCCAACUCAAAUCCUGUCAAAUCCAAUCCAACGAAUCAUGUCAGAUUAUCUCUCAGAAUUUUAGAGGAAUUGAUAUUAAUUGACAUCUCCCAUGUAAUGACUGUCAUCCAUUCCUUGAUCCACUACUGCCUUAUGUACAUAGAUAAGCCAGAUAAUCCGGAUUUCGACAUCAUCUCAAAUAUUAUGGAGCAAAUUUCACUUAAAUUCAUCAAGAACCCAGAGGAUGGAUACAACAAGAACACAAAAGUGUCUUAUAACAGUGGCUCUUCCAAAUUUACUGAUAUAAGACAACUUGUUUCGAAUUUGUAUUCGGCAAUCAAGCAGUUCUUGCCUCCUGUUGCAUCUUCGUGGCAGAGAGUUGCAUUAAAUUGGGCUUCUGCCUGCGGAGAUUUGGAAUUGGCUUCGAAAUCUGUUGUAAUCCUCACAGAAUUAGCUGGAAGUGAUGAUCCACAUGUUUCUAUCUUCAUGAGAUCCUUGGUUACAGUUCUAAAAGCUAAGAUUUCCCCAGAAAUGUUCCAAAGUGUUUCAAAUUACUCUUCAAAGGUCUUGGAUUACUUCUACAAGGUCGUCUGCACAAACCUUAGAGGCAAAGAUGGAUAUCCGCUCCAGUCAUCUUUCUAUAUUGCGCAGUUUGCAACUCCAUUUAUUUAUAAUUGGCAGAGAGAUCCAAUUUCAGCCACAUCUUCCAUUAGGAUUCUCACAGAAUUUGCUAGAACCCCAUCUUUCUUCGGUUCUCAGUUCGAUUUGAGAGAGAAUUUGAGUGGAUUAUGCCAUCUCUUCAAUUUACCAAUGGCAACAAUCCAAACCUUCCAGUUCUUGAGCACAUACAUCUCAAUUAUACCACAGAGCGAACACAAAUUAAGGAUGGAAACUCUUUUGAACAUUUUGCCAAUUAUUUACGGAUCUUUCUGCGCAUACCACUGCUUCGAACCAUAUUCCAGUGGUAUUCCUGACGAUUUGAUCAACUUGGCUUUGGACGCCGGCCAAGUUUUGUCAAAUUCCUUCCAAGGAACGAACAUUGCCUAUAUUUUCAACGAAUACUUCAGUGAUCCUGAUAAUUCAAGUCCAGAAGAGUUCUUGGAAGCGAUUUCUCUCGAAAUAAACCACGGAGAUAUCGAUAUCCUCGAAAAAGUUGUUCCAAAUUGGACGGUCAUGGCCGGAAGCGACAAUGAGUCAAUUUAUACAGCUAUAUUCGCCAUGUCUCAGUCCAUUUUAGUCACAGCCGAAGAAAAUAUGAGAUCUAAAUUAGUUUCUACGUUUGAGCACUUAGUUCUUCGUGCAUUGGACAAGGGAACUCUCAGGGCCAUGGACUUCCUAUUCGUGGUCGCUAAAUACAAUCCAGGAUACAACGGAGAUAAUUCCCAGAAUACUUUGCCAGUAAUGAAGCCUCAUUCGAAGAAUAUCGCAGAGGCCCUCAGCCCAAUACUCCAAAUCCUGCCUGCGAACCAAAGAUUCAGCGGAACUGUAAAUUUGAACCAUUCAAGCGUAUUUUUGCCAAUGGUUCUCGAAGGAGACUUAAUAACAAUGAAUUUACUCAAUGACUCCAAUAAAUCUAGGUUCCUGCCGUACCAGGAUCAGAUUGACCACCAUAAUGAGAUUAUUAAGUCAAAGGACAGCAGGCAAAUAGCAAAGCCAACAUUGAAUGAUGCCCAAACACUGUUCCUACACACGAAAAUAAGAAUUGAUGGAACAGAAAUUUCGAAAGACGACGUCAAAGUUGAAAAGACACUUCCACCUGAGUUCUUCAUGGUUUACGACCAUGAGAUACCAAGAUUCUUUGAAAGAAUCGAUUCUUAA